AUGUCAGACACAUACCAGUAUUUCCGUUGGAGGAUAACUUUCAUUGCCAUAAGGGGUCGUGUAGCUCCUCAGAUCAGUGUAGGCUACAUUCAAAUAUGUGAAACAACAUAUAUAUAUCCGCUUGUAACAAAACAGCCAUCAACUGAAUCAUUCACUUCGACCACUUUAACCACUUCCUUAGAAGUUUCAUCUGUAACACAACCAUCAACUGAAUCAACUAGCACUAACUUCCAGUCCAAAUCACACUCACCUACUAGCUCGACAGAACCAUCUGUAACAAAACAACCAUCAACUGAACCAAUCAGCACAAACCUCCAGUCUAAAGCAUCCACCCCUACUAGCUCCACAGGCAAAUCAACCACUUCCUUAGAAGCUCCGUAUGCAGCUAUAGGCGGUGGAGUAGCAGCAGCAGUAGUGGUAGUAUGCAUCAUUAUCAUCAUUCUCGUUUAUAGAUGCAAGUGCAAGCCGCAACAAGACCCAAACAAUGGUUCCGGUCUCGAGGAGAUGGCAGGUGAAGAAGCACCACCUCCUGGGUACGAGACUACGACUUUGGCUUUUCCCGAAGCUUCUGGCAGUGACUCUUUGCGCAUGAACAUGGAGAACGGCCAGCAAGGUGAGAUCGAGAAUGAAUAUUUAACGCCCCGAAUGAAGAGAGGGACCAUGCUACAAGCAGAGUAUGUCAACAUGAAUACCAGAGACAACCCAGUAGUCAUGGUAACGGAGGAUAUCUACGAAAACAUGGCGGACAAUGCCGCAGGUAAACACGUCGUAACUUCGAAGGAAGCGGAAUAUUCGGUUGUAAUCUAAAGCUCAAAGGAGAGAAAUCUGAAUUCAUUAUUUUAUAGGCUCAAAGGUAAUGCUGAAAAACAUCCCGGAAAACUUCAUAUACAAUUUGUGAUGCUCAAAUCAGCCCUGGCCUGCAAAUAAAUGCCGGAACCUCGAUGUUCUCAUCGAUUCGAACAUGACAGUGUAACUAGUGUAACUAACUGGGCGGGGCUUAACGUGACCUCGAGCGAAAGGAGACCAGACUGUAGAG